CUUCUUCUGCUUCGAUACGAUUUUUUUCAAUUGAAGCAAUUAGAUUAUAUGAGAUGUCUAGUGAGGAAUUUUGGCAGGAGCCUUUGGUUGAAAUCUCAGACUCAAAAAAUGGAGAGGUCCUAAAUAAACUAGAUAAUUCACUUGUAAUUGACUCGUCUAAUGACUUUAAAGAUCCUACAAUUGGAUAA